GAUCUCUAUCUCUCACACGUAAAAUCACAUAGUUAUCCGUUUCUCUCCCUCCCUCUCUUUAUCAACCACAAUGUGCCAGCGACAGUGACAUCCACACAUUCAUUCAUCCAUGCCUAUCUCGUCUGAAUGCCGCAUCUUGUCUGAUGGGAGAUCAUGCGAUCAGGACAAUAUAUCCUCCUUGAUGAAUGCAAUUUGAUAUACCAUCUGUGUUACACUACUAACCUUCCUCCUCAUCCAAUCUCUCAUUGUUCAUUCUUUUUUUACGAUUUCUCUCUUCUCUGUCUUCUGAUUUCAUUGAAUCGAUUUCUAUAUCUUCCUCGCCAUUUUCAUUAAUUGUUGGUUCCAUUAUUCCUUUUCAGACGUGAGUUUUCAAGGGUGUUCUCGACUAUUUUCAUCAGGCUUAUCUCGUUUCCUAUCAUGCUCCUGAGGCCAUUAAAUUUUGGUCCUGUUGCUUUCUCUUCUCUCUCGGACAAACUCUCUCUACAUUUAGAGUACGAGGUUGUCAUUAGACUACCGCCUGGGAAGCUGGAGACCUUGUCGGGCGACGAAUGUCUGAAAGCGUUAACAUCGGGGGAAAUAUGGGUCGCCAGUGGAAGUUCAUGCCGGGUUGAUUUCGUUAUUGGUCUUGAUGGGAAGGAAUCGCUUGGGGCUCAAAACAGUCACAUUGUCGAGUUGUUGGGCAAGUUCGUCGCAGAGUCAAAGAUAUGGGAACAGUUGGGAUUAUCCGCGACACUUCAUUUGCAGAAUGAAACACUACGGAAGACCAAUAUUUCUCUCCAGCUAAGCAAUAAAGAGCCUUUAAAUUCACCAAUUCUCGACGUUCGACCUUGGUCAUGUACAACUACCGAUAUUAGGAUACCAGACGCUCAACUCUGUGCUCAGAUGGAACAGCUAAAAGUGCGCUUAUUGUUUCGACCUACGUCUGGAGGGGGUCAAACUUCAAGAAGACGAAAACAACUCCCCAUAGAUUCGGUGGUUGCCCAAGGCUCCUCCCAGACAUUGAAGAUUGCACAACCAGGCAGGCCAAACAAAUCUUUGGUUAUCAAAUUUGGCCCCAGUGAAAACAUAUCGUCGCUUCUGAAAAGUUAUUCCAGCUCUGAUAAACGGUUCCAAGCUACUCAAGCAAGCGUAUUCGCCACACCAUCAAUCAUUGAAGUUAGCUCCAAAGUAAAAAUUUCCCAAAUUUUGAAAGAGUGUUCUGAGAGUUUAUACUCGAGUGUCAUAUUGAAUGCUAUACCUGCUUUAUCUCAAUUGAGCUCUUUCAUAAGUUCGGGCCCAUUCUCCGAAUACCCACCAACUUCUGGACACACGGCUUCCUCGAGUCAUUCUCGUAAAAGGAUGAAAAAGGCUCCUAAAGUUUCACAAAGAACGAAACCUGGUUUUGAAAUCAAGCGAAAGGGUACUUCCACGUCACCAAAAGAUAUGGCGUUUGACAAAAUGCAGCUUCUCUCUAGCGACGAAAAGCGUUGUGCUCAGACUUUGAACAACCGAUCAUCGAAACCCUUGACUGUUGGAAGUGUUUCCCAAAAGCGCAAUGCAGCUUUCAGCUCUCAGGUUGAAGCAUACGUACUUGAUCCUACAGCAUCAUGCAAGCUCGUUACUGCAGCGAUACAUGUUAUGAUUGCUGGAAUCGAGACGAGACAGAGAACGACAAAGGGGGUAAAGACUGACGACAUCUCGAACAUAUCAGCGAUUUCUCUUGCAGCCUUGGGUCCACUCAUGUUUUCUCCGGGUUUCAAAAAGUCGGUAGCUCACAAUUCUCGCUACACCCCAAGGAUCAUUCAAAUGAUGACUUCAUUGACACGUAAUGCCCAGACACCAGGCCUACGACAGAAAACUGAGCAGAUUGCGACCAUGCCGACCUCAGAAUUUGUCGACGAAGAGACUGAUGAAGAGAUACAUGGUGAGCUAGGCUCUGAGAAAAGGCUGGCAUCUGUUGUGAAAGCUCGACUGUGGUCAAUGAUGCAACGAACGUUAUAUGAUCCAUCAGCUGCCCGCCAGAUCAUCAAUAAACGUCCGAUUUCAGAAAAUGAUAUUAUGACGGAGGGGGUUGACGAAUAUGGCGAUCUCUUGGACUCUAUCGUCAAUGAUGCUGACACACAAGAUUUAACAAUGGUUGACGAUGAAUUUCCAUGGAUUAUGGGCAAUCACAGUGAAAAUUCGGCAUUCGACAAUAUACUCAGUGAUGAUGAAGGUAUGCCAGACCAUGAAUUUGAAGAUCUACUCCUUGAGGAUAACGAUGUUUUUGAGUCAUUGUUAAGCGAUGAAGAAAUGGAAAGGUUGGCCAUAGAGUCGGAAUCUGAAGAGAUGUUUUUCGGCCACCGUUGUCAAUUUGAGGAUGAAGAACAAUAUGAUGAUUUAUUGUUGGCCAUUGAAGGCUUAGACCAUGACGAGUUGUCACUUGAGGAGAAGUGCGAUAUAUUGGAGGAAGAUUUGCCAUUAUUCAACAAUGAUGAUCUACUACCAAUUUGAGUUCGGACCGGCCGGAUCAUAUGGCCGUCGCACCAGAAACCAGAAUAUUAAAAGCCUGGACUAUGAUCUAUUACGCCAAGCCGCGCGCAUGUGUCGUGAACUUUUCCCAGCGUACAAGAGCCCAGCGUAUAUGAAAUUAUUUACUAAUCGGAGGCGAGGGCCUUAUAUAUUGCUUGGAGUCUGUACUUCUAGCGAGGCUCUGCUGGUAAGCAGUCGAAAGUUAUACGAUUAUAUGCGUUGCGGUUAGUGAAUGGCAGUAAUGAGGAAUGGAUUGACAAAAGCAUGGAGACUCUGGCGAAAGUAUAACUACCCGUUUGCGCCAAUAUCUAAUAUCAAGACAGAAGCAGACUAACCUAGCUAUCCGCUAUGCACGACAGAUAUCAACGGUGAAAUAAUAUCCGUGUAAUAGUAUAUUCGAGAAGAGUUCUGCAGUCUCCGAGAUGCACAAAGCCUGUUUCUUAGAGAUUUCAAAUCACAAUCGAAAAAACAAUUAUAAUAUUGCCAUACAUACUUAUCUGGUUCGAUCUCUUCUUUGAAAACAGUUGGAAUUUGUAUAAUAAUACA